GGCAGCCCAAUGUGUGCCAAUCGAGAUGAACUAGCAUCGAACGGUCGUUCCGAUUCCGCUUGCCGCGUAUUGCUUGUGUCACUUGCUAGGACACUUCGAGAGUAGUAGCAAACGUGAUCCGGUUUGGUUUUCAUUUAGGCUUUUGAGUGCAUUAGCAGGGACCUGCUUUGUAGAAGAAUUUUGUUUGUGUGUUUGCAUUCGGUGCGAAAUACGUUGAGUGAAGGCAGACUACGGGGGAUAUGUUUCGAUCACCGCUCUCAAGGGUUCAGACAUUGCCCAGCAAUUUUGAUUCUGUGUCGAUUCUUUGAUGUUCCGAGUGGCCGCGAGGGUUGCGCCGAGCGAAAGCACAGUGAAAAUGUAUUGCACCGGGUGCUAGUGAUGGAAAACUACAGUCAAGUACGGGGACCUUUCUAGUUGAUUGGCUACAUCAGCUUUGUGGGGCUUGAGUGAAUAGUACAGCUUUUUUGGCGAAGGUACAACGGAACAUGAAUCUUCAAUCUCAUUCCUGGACUAGCAGUGAAUCGUUUUAAACGAUAGUAAACCCGAAGCACACAGAAUCGAAAAGAAAAUGGCAGAAAAAUCGGAAACACUCGUCACCAAGGAGGACAAGGUGAACGAUGCGAAGGAACUGUUUGGCCGUGGUAGCCGAAACUAUUGCAUGCGACAGUACUCGGAGGCGGCCGAUGAUUUGAGUUCGUGCUGUGCGCUAUACUCCGAGAUGCACGGCUCGCUGGCCGACGAAUGUGGCCUUCCGUAUUUGCUGUACGCAAAGUCAUUGAUUGCUAUCGGAAAGGACGAAAACAAUCUGAUCGUCCCGGGCGAGGAUGAAGAAGAGGACGAUGACGAUGACGAGGAGGGCGCUGAAGAGGAGGAAGGCCCCGAAGACGCCGAAGGAGCCACCGAUAAGGCCGAAGGAUCCGAUGAAGCUGAAGAUGGUGAAGACCAGAAAGAGGGUAAAGACGAUGAAGAAGACAAAAUGGACGCUGAGGAAACGCCCGUCCAGAAAGAGGAUUCGGCUUCGGCGACGGAAGAAAAGAAAACGAGCGACGAGAAAAAGGCUGAAGAAAAAGAUGACACGGAGAAAGCGGGCACCUCUGAGGCCAAGGCCGAUAAGGCGGCGGAACCGCAACCAGGUCCGUCCACGUCGAACGGCUCCGCAGGAGCCCCGGUGGAAGUGACGGAAGAUUCGGCCGGUAACUUGCAGGUCGCGUGGGAAAUUCUCGAACUGGCGGUUAAGAUUUUCGAAAAGCAGGGCGAAAAAGGAUACGAAAAUCUGACCGAGUGCUACUCGGAGCUGGCCGGAAUAUCAUUUGAGAACAGCCACUUUCAGGAGGCCAUCAAUGAUUACCAGAAAGCUUUGGCUAUUCACGGAAAAACGGACAAAAUCGAUUUGCGCCUGAUGGCCGAGAUCAACUAUAAGGUGGGCCUAUGCUAUCUGAUGUUGAACAAUUUUGAUGCGUCGAUCGAUUCGUUCCGGGCCGCGGUCGUCGAGCUGGAGAAGGUAACCGAGGCAGAAAAGGCCAAAGAGCAGACGGACGAGACGAAGGAAACGAUCAAGGAGCUGGUGGAAACCAAGAACGAUAUUCUGGAGAAGAUCCUCGAUGUUGAAGAGGCGAAGAAAACGUCACUCGAAGAGGUGAAGAGGGAACUGUCCAAGAUAAUCGCUUCCGGUGCUGGACCCAGCGCUAGUACCACCAACGGAGCCGGCCCGUCAUCAUCAUCGUCUUCGUCAUCCGCUACUGUGGCUACUAACGGCUCCAAGUCAUCGACGGCACCAACAGCUACACCUACUGCCUGUGCCUCCUCUGGGAGUUCCACGGCAGCCAAACCGGCCAACGAUAUUUCGCACCUCAUAAAGCGCAAAAAACCCGACAGUGCCAGCUCGGAAGAAUCUCCGGCCAAAAAAACCGCAACUGAACAGGAUAACGCGGAGCGGGUUUCGUAAGCAGCGUAUUGCCUGAUGCCAAUGGCCAUUGCGCGUACUUACGGAAAGCGGCCUCCUUGAGGCGGUCAAGUUCAAAGUUUCACAAUUUGACCUGUUUCUAUUAUUUUGUUUAUUUGUUCCUGUGGGAAGCCUCAGCUGUGCAGCGUGUGUGCGAGCGGUUCUUUUCGGUUUUUACAUCGUUUACAACGUUUGAUGGUUUGUCGAACGAAAAAGAACAUGUUGUAGAUAUUUAAAUUAUUUGUUGCCCUUGCACGCGCGCUCGACGCUACUACACUGAGUGUUUCAGUUUCAUCUCUCUGUUCUCUCUUUUACUGGCAUUCCAAUAAAAAAAGUAACUGUGUGGAUUCAUGUUUCGUAAAUAAACAAC